GUGGGCGGAGCGUCGGCACCACGCCUCCUGUUGUUUAGGUAGACACGGAGCAGGAACAGGAGGGAAGUGUUGGUGGAGUUGGUGAAGAUAUGAAAGUUUCUGCGGUCAGAAGAAGCUGUUUCACAGGUUAACUCCUCACAUUAGAAAAGAUGAGUGAUUUGGAGGAAGAAGACGACAAAUCAGUCUCCAGCUGUCUGCCCUGUGAUGAGCCAUGGGUCCAAUUGCAGUAAUUUCUGUAAAAAUAGUGGUCUGCAGGAGGUUUUAGAUGAACAUAAGAUCAGUCUGAGGAGGAGAUGUGAACGUGUGACUGAAGGAACUGAUGGAACAGGAAGUAGAACCCUCCUCAACAGGAUCUACACUGAGCUCUACAUCACAGAGGGACAGAGUGAAGAGGUUAAUACCCAACAUGAGGUGGGGCAGCUGGAGACAGCUUCCAAGAUGAAGACCCUCCAUGACACUCCAAUCAGGUGCCAGGACAUCUUUAAAGCCUUACCUGACCAACAGAGACACAUCAGAGUGGUUCUGACCAACGGCGUCGCUGGUGUUGGAAAAACCUUCUCAGUGCAGAAGUUCACUCUGGACUGGGCAGAGGGCUUGGAAAACCAAGAUGUCAGUCUGCUGGUUCUGCUUUCGUUCAGGGAGCUGAACCUGAUCAGAGAUGAGCAGUACAGUCUUCUCACGCUGCUCCAUGUUUUCCAUCCAACAUUACAGAAGGUCACAGCAGAGAAGCUGGCUGUCUGUAAAGUUCUGUUCAUCUUUGACGGCCUGGAUGAAAGCAGACUUUCACUGGAUUUCAACAACAGGAAGGUUGUGUCUGACGUCACACAGAAGUCAUCAGUCAACGAGCUGCUGACAAACCUCAUCCAGGGGAAUCUGCUUCCCUCGGCUCUGGUCUGGAUAACUUCCAGACCUGCAGCGGCCAAUCAGAUCCCUCCUUCAUGUGUUGACAGGGUAACAGAAGUACGAGGCUUCACUGACCCACAGAAGGAGGAGUACUUCAGGAGGAGAUCCAGUGAUGAAGAGCUGUCCAACAGAACCAUCUCACACAUCAAGACCUCCAGGAGCCUCCACAUCAUGUGUGGAGUCCCAGUCUUCUGCUGGAUCACUGCUACAGUUCUGGAGCACAUGUUGACUACAGAGCAGAGAGGAGAGCUGCCCAAGACCCUGACUGACCUGUACUCACACUUCCUGAUGGUUCAGACAAAGAGGAAGAAGAACAAGUACCAUGAGGGACAUGAGACGAGUCCACAGGAGCUGACGGAGGCUGACAGGGAAGUUCUUCUGAAGCUGGGGAGGCUGGCGUUUGAACAUCUGGAGAAAGGAAACAUCAUGUUCUACCAAGAAGACCUGGAGCGGUGUGGUCUUGAUGUGACAGAGGCCUUGGUGUACUCAGGAGUUUGUACAGAGAUCUUCAAAAGAGAGAGUGUGAUCUUCCAGAAAACAGUCUACUGCUUUGUUCAUCUGAGCGUUCAGGAGUUUCUGGCUGCAGUCUACAUGUUCCACUGUUUCACCAACAGGAACACACAGGUACUGAAGGACUUCCUGGGAAAAUGGGAACAUGUAAAGAGUUAUUCUUCCUCAAAGGGCUUCCGAUGGAAACUGGAUGUGGAACAUAAUAGCCGUGACCAAUCUCUGAAUGUCUUCUUGAGUGCAGUCAUGUAUAAAUCCCUUGAAAGUGAAAAUGGCCACCUGGACCUGUUUGUUCGCUUCCUUCAUGGCCUCUCUCUGGAGUCCAACCAGAGACUCUUAGGAGGCCUGCUGGGUCAGACAGAGAACAGUCCAGAAAUCAUCCAGAGCGCCAUCAACAACCUGAAGGAGAUGAACAUGUACAAAAUCUCUCCUGACAGAAGCAUCAACAUCUUCCACUGUCUGAUGGAGAUGAACGACCACUCAGUUCAUCAGGAGAUCCAAGAGUUCCUGAAGUCAGAGAACAGAUCAGAGCAGAGACUCUCUGAGAUCCAGUGCUCAGCUCUGGCCUACAUGCUGCAGAUGUCAGAGGAGGUUCUGGAUGAGUUGGACCUGGAAGAGUAUAACACAUCAUGGGAGGGACGACUGAGGCUGAUCCCAGCUGUGAGGAACUGUAGAAAGGCUCGACUUAUUAACUGUGGACUCUCAGAGACUCACUGUGAAGUCGUGGCCUCAGCUCUGAAGUCCAACCCCUCCCAUCUGACAGAACUGGACCUGAGUCACAACAGCCUGCAGGAUUCAGGAGUGAAGAUACUGUCCACUGGGCUGGAGAGUCCAAACUGUAGACUGGAGACUCUGGGAUUGAAGAACUGCAGGUUGUCAGAGAUCAGCUGUUCUUCUCUGGUCUCAGCUCUGAAGUCCAACCCCUCCCAUCUGAGAGAUCUGGACUUGAGUGGAAACAUCCUGCAGGAUUCAGGAGUGAAGGAGCUGUGUAAUCUUGUGGAGAGUCCAGACUGUAGACUGGAGACUCUGGGACUGUGGCGCUGCAGUUUGUCAGAGAUCAGCUGUUCUUCUCUGGUCUCAGCUCUGAAGUCCAACCCCUCCCAUCUGAGAGAUCUGGAGCUGAGUUUCAACAACCUGCAGGAUUCAGGAGUGAAGGUGCUGUGUGGUUUUCUGCAGAGUCCAGACUGUAGACUGGAGACUCUGAGGUUGAUGAACUGCAGUUUGUCAGAGCUCAGCUGUUCUUCUCUGGUCUCAGCUCUGAAGUCCAACCCCUCCCAUCUGAGAGAACUGGACCUGAGUCACAACAACCUGAAGGAUUCAGGAGUGAAGGAGCUGUGUGGUUUACUGCAGAGUCCAGACUGUAGACUGGAGACUCUGGGGGUCAACAGCAGGGUGAUUAAAGCUUCCAGAGUCAAAACAUCAGAUGUAAAGCUGGAUGCAUGUCAGGAUGACUCAAAGACACCAAAUGCAUCUGAAGACGAUGCAAAGCUUGAUGUGUCUAAGGUUGACACAAAGAAGCCGGAUGCAUCUGAAGACAACACAAAGAAGCUUGAUGCCUCUGAGGAAAGCACAAACCUGGACGUGUUUGAGGAUGACUCAAAGAAGCCGGGAGCAUCAGAGGAUGAAACAAAGCAGAUGAAGCCUCCAUCAAGCUUCACACCUGACCUGCAAACUGAGUCUACACGAGUCUCAUACAGGUUCAGGUGUCCUGGUCCAGGUGGGUUCAGGUGUACUUCAACUAGACUGGUUUUUGUUGUGACUCGGGAGGCGGAGCUGUUCUACAGGACUGUCCAAUGGGAUGAGAACCAACUCCAAUCAGCUGGAAAGAUGGCUGCAGGACCUCUGUUUGAUAUCCAGUGUCCUGAGAAUGCUGUCUGUGAGCUCCACCUCCCACACUGUGAAACAAAGGAUGUGCUGCAGGUUGAAGGCCUGCUGUCUGUCGUCCACAAGACUGAUGAUGGAACAGAAAUCUUGGAGCCGCUGGAGAUCACAGAGACUCAUGUGGUUGUGAAGGUUCCUCACCUCUCUGCCUUUGGGCUGGUCAGAGAUACAGUUAAAUGGUUACUGAGAAUGCCAGUAAACUGCAAUGUUCUGCUGUUCCUCCGACCUCCAGUUAGAGGGCCUCCAACACUUGAUGUACAUCUGCUUCCAAACAACGUCCCUCUGCCAGAGGUUAAGGCCCAACAUGCAGAUGCUGAAUUUACCAAGAUCUUCACUGACUGUGAACUGUGCAUUGGUCAAAGUUACAGUGUCCACUGUGAACCUGAGGACUUAGAAAUACAGCCUGAGCGUGCAAGGUUUCGCUCAAAUUAUGGACCAAAUUUCAUUCCAAAUUUUGAGGUUCUCCUGAUGUCAAACCCAGAGAAAGUGACUUUGAUGGUCCAAGACCAGGAGAAGACAGAAGUCUGGAAACGUAAUAUUCAUCUGACAGGUUCUGGUCCAGCAGGGACUCUCAGUGCUCCAGCUCCGAGUGCCCAGGACACCAUGAUGAAAGAGACGGAUCUCAAAAACAUCCUGGACGAUCUGACAGACAAUGAGUUGAAGGACUUCAAAUGGAACCUGAAAUGUGAAACAGUGGACAACGUCCCGCCCAUCAAAGUGAGCCUGCUGUCGAAGGCAGAUCGGCAGGACACGGUGGAUCUGUUGAAGCAGAAAUAUGGAUUAGUUGGAGCUGUGAGGGUGAUGGAGAGAGUUUUAAAAAGGAUCAGCCGGAACGAUCUGGUGAAGAAAUUAUCAUCCAUCAGCUCAGGAGCAGGAGGUCCUGGUCCAUCAGGGAGCUGAAGUCGGACUCAGUUUAUGAGUUUAUGAGUGUCUGAACCUGUUCUACGUAAGCUGCUGGAUAAACUCCUGGAGCGUGGGGUGAUAACUGAUGAUGAGAUGGAUUUAGCUGGAACAGCGAGCAGGGCAGACAAAGCUCGAGCGGUGAUCGACACGGUGAGAAGAAAAGGAUCAGAGGCCAGUUCAGCUCUGAUCUCUGCUCUCUGUGAGGAGGAUCGAUGCCUUUCAACAGAACUGAACUUAACGUGAAGCAGGAACAGUGUGUAUCAGGCUGUUUCUGUCUGACACCAACACAUCUGUAAUUCUUAUUGUUUCUUCUUACUCUUUCGCCAUUAUUUAAGAAUGUUUGGUGAAAACCUUAAACCUCUAAACACGAAUCAAGGUUGCCUGUAUUGUACUAUAAAUGAACACUACACACUACACUUGUAUAUUAUAUGUGCAGUCCUAAUUUCAACCAGAUCUGUGAUCUUCAAGAAUGUGUCUUUAAAAUCAGCACAUUCAAUUAGAUACUUCCUGUUUGAUGUUUUGUCAGUUUUUGUACCCUGGUCCUGAGGAAACAGUUCUUCAUUCAGACAUAUUUUACACCUUCGUGGCCAGAGGCAUUAUGUUUUCAGGUUUUCUGUCUCAUUCUCGUGAAUGCAAUAUCUCAAUAACACAUUGAGGGAAUUUCUUUUCUGACAUAACUCAAGAAUUCACACGAUGAUUAACUGCAAUCAGACUGGUUGGUGGAGGGUUAGGAUUAGGGUGGAGGCAUACAACCAUGAGGCGGUGAUUCUAGUUUAAAGUUGGAAUGGCUUGAAACUGGAACUAAUUAUGUUCAAAGAACUGUAAAAAUUCAACUGACUGCACAUUUUGUUGAUAUUGUGAGACAUUUUAGGAAAUGAUUGGUGAAAUGAUCCUUUUGGUCAAUAAGUUUCUUUGUCUACAACUGACCUCCAGUAUUUUUGGGGUCCUUUGAAAGUCAAAUUAAAACCAGCUGAUUGUUAAUGUUGGAAGCUGUUUAUAAGGGAGCAGAGGUUGAAAUGCAACCAUAUUCUUCAUUUUUUUUCAAAGGCUGAAAAUGUAUAGCCGAAAUAUUCAAUUGUGAGUCUGGGAAAAAGCAAUAAAGCAAUAAGAGACUUUUC